AUGUCGAUGCAAAACCAGCAGGAUUUGCCAGAGGACAUGGCGUUCCCCCAUUUUGCCCUGAUUUACAUUGACCGGGAGGGCAACCUCCGUCAAGAAUCGUCCCUGUCCAUCGCCAACAGUCGCGAGACCAUUCUGUCCCCGCGCGUCACAGAUGAGUUCCUGCGAGCGGUGGCUCGCUCGAGAGGUGCUGCGCCGUCACAUUCUCCAUGUAAGUGUCACAUACCCCGGUCAGCAGUCAUGACGGGCGGGAGAGACGCUGAUUCCCCUGUAGUCGAGCUGGGCGCUCCGCCAAUACCCCAUCAGAUCACCAGUGGACAGACCCCAAUCCCGAUACAGACACAAACUGGCCAUGCACGGCCGAGUGUGGACAGGAGAGCCCUCGAGGGCGAUGCACAAAUCCCAGUAACGCCAACGCUGGCGCCGUCAAUGCAGCCGACUAUGUGGUCAGCACCACAAGGACCGGGGCCGUGGCCUCGCUGGUCGGGCCAGAACCAGAGGUCAACCCAGCAACGAGGACUGGGGGAUGGCAAGCCGAAUAUGAGAAGCAAUCAGAAAGCAUUCAUCUCGGUCCGGGACAGUGAGUUCCUACGUCGGUACUACGAGAAGAUCUUCCAAAACCUGCAGCAGACCAACUGUCGUGUCUUGGCCAAGGCGUACGUCAAAUUGGUCGAACCGCGCAAGCAGGUCAAUUUCCCCUACAACGGGCGCAAGAUCAUAUCGGGGAAGACGCAGCAAUUAGAGCCUGACGAGACCAAACCACCGUGGUGGCCGACUGGAGUGAGCCACCGAGAACCUGACCAUCUUCCAAAAUCCGAGCGCAUUAGGCUUCUCGUUCACAUUCUCUGCGAGCUGCGAACCAGCUACGGUAUCACUGCUCAGCGACUCAAAGCAGCAGACCAACCGAUCCGUCGACAGAUCCUACCGGUGGAACGGUUGGAGAUACUGGACGAGGUCUACCAGGUCAGAGAGGAGGAAGAGAAAUUCUUGGAAGGAAUCACCGACGGAAAAACCAUGGUGUCGAUUUCGCGCUCAAACCUCCCCGAUGCAGCUGAAGCCCUUGUCAACCGAGGCGAACGAAUCCAAAGCCCAAAAUCAAUCGAGGAAAACCCCAGCCCAGAACCGAAGACCGAGACCCCGUUCAUCCGCAGUGGCCCAACAAGAGCGAACCCCCCACAACCUAUCUUCGUACCUGGCGGAGACGUCGUGUCCAAUCCCCAGCCUACUCCUAGUCCCUCCCGGCAGAUACACCAAGACCUCCCGAUUCACCCCGGGUAUGAUCAUACUCGCGUGUCCAUUCCACCACAGGUGAAGAGAAAACGGCAAGAUUCUGAGCUGGACGCUUCAACUGCACUGAGCCCCAAUGCGGUCGGAUAUUACUCUCCUAUAUUCGUGGGUUCACAGCCAUUCCUGACGGGGUCCUGCGAUGAUGCGCAGGGCUUCCCACCUUCAAAUAUCCUACCCGGACACCCGAUACCCGAACCCUUCAGGGAGCCCAUGGAGCAAUGCGAAUUCCCCUACUAUUUUGACAGUUGA